UGCUUAUUACAUUUUGUUUGGAAGAUGUAGCAAAUGCUACGGGAUUCCAUGUCUGUUUAAAGUAUAACGUUCACAUGUCUGCAGGCCAUAAUCAUAUUUACUAGUGUCUUGCAAGCAUCAUUAUCCAUGAUAUGAAUACCAUCCUCGUUUCUAAUUAUCUUUGUUUCUUUAUAAUUCACGUAGAUGUAUCGUGUAUCACGAUCACAAAAUCGAAGCCGCUCCGCUGUCUGAAUGCAGCUAACUGACUAUUCGGGGACCGGAAACACAACAAAGCUGACGCAAACCGUGUUGUAAAUAAUUGGACAGGGGCUGGGAUCUCUCCGUGGCAUCAACUGGGUCCCUCUUCCUCAUUUCUGCCCGUCAAAAUGAAUAUCUCCGAACACCGACUUUGCAUUAUGUGGAGGAGGUAAAACAAAUGCUAGAAAGAUGACAAACCAGGCAGAGCUUUGCCCUCAUCUAGACUCCAUUGGAGAGGUUACCAAGGAGGAACUUCUACAGAAAUCAAAGGGCACGUGUCAGUCAUGCGGUGCUGUGGGCCCCAACCUUUGGGCUUGUCUGCAGAAGGACUGUGCGUAUGUUGGCUGUGGGGAGUCCUAUUCAGAUCAUAGCACCUUACAUGCACAGGCGAAAAAGCACAAUCUGACGGUCAACCUGACCACCUUCCGGAUCUGGUGCUAUGUCUGCGAGAGGGAGGUCUUCUUGGAGCAGAGGCCUGUUUUACCAGCACCUGGCAGCCACCCCUGCAAACCUCUGGAGCAGGAUUCUGUGCUGCAGACAGGAAGCCACCCACUAAAAGCUGUGCCCAUAGCCGUGGCUGACGAGGAAGAGUCUGAGUCAGAGGAAGAUGAGCUAAAACCUCGAGGGCUCACUGGCAUGAAGAACAUCGGCAACUCGUGCUACAUGAAUGCCGCUCUGCAGGCUCUCUCCAAUUGUCCACCACUCACCCAGUUUUUCCUGGAAUGCGGUGGUCUGGUCCGGACCGACAAGAAACCUGCCUUGUGUAAAAGCUACCAAAAACUCAUCUCUGAGCUGUGGCACAAGAAAAGGCCAAGUUACGUGGUCCCCACCAGCCUGUCCCAUGGCAUCAAGCUGGUAAACCCCAUGUUCCGAGGCUACGCUCAGCAGGACACCCAGGAGUUUCUGCGCUGCUUGAUGGACCAGCUGCACGAGGAGCUGAAGGAGCCCCUGAUGGAGUUUGGGGCCGGGGAUAGUGGCGACGGGGACGAGCGGCGGGAUGGGGACCGCAGUCCCUCUGAGGACGAGUUCCUGUCCUGCGACUCGGGCUCCAGCAGCGACCGAGGCGAGGUUCUGGAGGCCAGGGGCCCUGGCGAGGCCGAGCUGCUCAUCCAAGAUGAGUGCGCGGGCCGCGGGGGGCCUGGGGGGAGCAUUUCUGAGAAGGAGAGGUUGAAGGAGCGCCGGGUGUCCGGCUCGCCGCUCCACAGCGGCUCGCGGGAGAUGGACGAGGACGCCGAUGUGGACACCACAGCUGAGGACGCCACCCACGCCCAGGCGGCGGAGGAAGAUGUGCCAGCUAAUGCCGGCCUGAACCACGCACAGAGCGCCCCCGAGCCUGACAAUGAGACCUCGAUGCACUGCAGCGCCUCGCGCCCUUGCAGCCCUACCCACAGCCCCCCAGACCUGCACCCCAAGCUGUCCAGCAGCCCCCCUCGCUCCAGCCCGCUCCGGUCCGCAGGUGCAUGCUUCUCGCUCAAGAAAGCCCAGAUUUUGCCUGGUGCCAAAAAAAAGAAGCAGCCGCGGUAUCGCAGUGUGAUCUCUGACAUCUUCGACGGCUCCAUCCUCAGCCUGGUGCAGUGUCUCACCUGCGACAGGGUGUCCACCACUGUGGAGAUGUUCCAGGACCUGUCUCUGCCCAUCCCGGGGAAAGAAGACCUGGCCAGGCUCCAUUCCUCCAUCCACCAGAACCUACCCACCAAGGCCGGCGCCUGUACGGAGAGCUACGCCUCGCAGGGCUGGAUCUCCUACAUCAUGGACUCCAUCCGCAGGUUUGUAGUGUCCUGCAUCCCUAGCUGGUUCUGGGGGCCUCUGGUCACUCUGGAGGACUGCCUUGCUGCCUUCUUCGCUGCUGACGAGCUGAAAGGUGACAACAUGUACAGCUGUGAACGAUGUAAAAAACUGAGAAAUGGGGUUAAAUACUGCAAGGUGCUGCGCCUUCCUGAAAUUUUAUGUAUACAUCUGAAGCGCUUUCGGCACGAAGUCAUGUAUUCCUUCAAGAUCAAUAGCCACGUGUCCUUCCCGCUGGAGGGGCUGGACCUCCGGCCGUUCUUGGCCAAAGAUAGCCCCUCACAGAUCACGACCUACGACCUGCUCUCGGUGAUUUGUCAUCAUGGCACUGCAGGAAGUGGACAUUACAUUGCCUACUGCCAGAAUGUUAUUAAUGGACAGUGGUAUGAGUUUGACGACCAGUAUGUGACUGAGGUCCAUGAGACGGUGGUGCAGAAUGCAGAGGCCUACGUUCUCUUCUACAGGAAGAGCAGCGAGGAGUCGGUGAGGGAGAGGCAGAAGGUGGUGGCCCUGGCCAGCAUGAAGGAGCCCAGUCUGCUCCAGUUCUACAUCUCCAGGGAGUGGCUCAACAAGUUUAACACCUUUGCUGAGCCCGGCCCCAUCACCAACCACACGUUCCUGUGUCAGCACGGAGGAAUUCCCCCCAAUAAGUACCACUACAUCGACGACCUAGUAGUCAUUCUGCCCCAGAACGUUUGGGAAUAUCUCUACAACAGGUUCGGAGGGGGUCCGGCCGUCAAUCAUCUCUACGUGUGUGCCAUCUGCCAGGUGGAGAUCGAAGCUCUGGUCAAGAGGCGGAAGACGGAGAUCGACACGUUCAUCAAGCUCAAUAAAGAAUUCCAAGCGGAGGAGGCUCCCAGUGUCAUCCUCUGCAUUAGCAUGCAGUGGUUUCGGGAAUGGGAGAGCUUCGUGAAGGGUAGGGACAACGAGCCUCCGGGGCCAAUCGACAAUAGCAAGAUCGGCGUCAUGAAGGGGGGGCAUAUCCAGCUCAAGCAAGGGGCAGACUAUGGCCAGAUCUCAGAGGGAACGUGGCAGUAUCUCCUAAACAUCUACGGCGGCGGCCCAGAGAUAGCGGUGCGCCAGACGGUGGCACCCGCCGACUCCGACGGGCUCCACGGAGAGCGCAAGAUCGAGGCGGAGACCCGAGCACUCUGAUGAACACAGUCACCCUCGAUCAGAUCGGUCCUACUUCCAGCAGGAGCCAGCAGCCCUGGCUUUGCACCUUGGUGAAACAAUGUCGUGAGCACUUUGUAAUGUACUGGUUUGUCAUUUUAUUACAUGUUCAUAAAGACAUAGUGGUAACUGUAAUCUAAGUUAACAAUAGAGGUACUAUUUGAGCAUAUUUCUCAGAAAUGGCAAAGGAAAGCCAACAGUAGUCGUCUUAGCCUGGGUGUGGUGAAGAUGACUGCUGCUGUAGUAGACCUGUAGUAUCAUAAUGACGUAAUCUCCGGACUUCUGCUCGAAUGAAUGCUUUGGCUUCUCGAACCACGUGGCUAGCUAGGGGAAUGACCACGAGUAUUAGAUGUUUCUAGGCAAACGUGUCCCUUCUGCGGAAAUCUUCUACCGAAGAAGCAUGGCUCGGCUCAGAUUCGAACUGAAGGUGUUUCGGAUCAUUGUCGUGAAAUAAUCUUGGCCCCGAAUGUCGCUUCGCAGCUUCUUUGCGUGUUACCCUUGCUUUUAAUCUUGCACUGUUUACUAGGAGAACAGGGUAGAGGCUGCUCAACCCUUGACAGACAAGUAGGUAAGAAAAUAAACAAGGAUAACUUGUUUGACUAUGUUUGUCACCUGAAAUAAUCUGUCUAAAAAUCUCUCUCUCUGUUGAACUGCUGCUUACACAUUGGAGCAAUAUGUUGCACAAUUUCUGUAUGAAAGCUUUCAUCCCAAGCCUUGUCUGAUGUAACCAUGUGGUAACUCACAAGCCACGGAUUUACUGUGCCUCUUGGCGAUAUUUGUGGCAUCAUAAUGUAGAGUUCCUUAACCAGCAGCUCUCCACAGUGGAUAACAUUCCCCACAUGUUGUGGCUUCCAAUCAUAGGUGGUAAAUCUAUACGAAAGUGGUAAUAUUAAUUAAAUCAUAGUGUACUGUGUGAGUGGCACGGUGUCUCGGUUGGUGUCACGGUUACCUCCCACCUCUAGCAUUGGGGGUGUGAAUCCCGUCUCCACUUUGUGUGUGAGUUUAGAUGUGCUUCCUUUGCUGUGCAGGUGUCUUUCUGGGACUCCGCCUUCUUCAAAGUACAUGCAGUGAGGCUAACUGGAAUCUCUAAAUUGCCCAUAGUGUAUGAGCGUGUGUGUAUCUUUUUGCAUUCUGUGAUGAACUGGCUUCCUUUGAAGGCUGUACCCCAGCCUUAUGCCCUGUGCUGUCUGGGAUGGGUGCCAGGCUUCCGCGAUAAUCCUGACUGGGAUAAGUUGGUGGAUGGAUGGAUGGAUGGAUGGAUAGUACACCAAUAGGAGCUAUAAUUAGGAACUGAUCACCAACAGAACACUGUAUCGCUCGCUAUGUACCCAGCUAUCCAGUAAUACGAUGACAUUUUGGUUACAGUUCAACUAAUGUUUUCCUUAGUGUUUUCCUCUUUGUUGUAUCAGUGAUGUAUGUGGCAGUACAUUCAUACUAAAAAUAAAUAUCAUUUUUGAUGAUAUUUAAUUUAUUCCAGAUUUUACUGCAGAGUACACAGAACACAACAUUCUAAAGAGUAUGUUAGAUGCAUAUGUGCCGAUUUGGUUAUCAUCUUCCACUAAAAACUUUGAGUGUAGUCAAAACUUUUUAAAUUUGUUAUUGUAAUAUUUAGUGAUUAAAUAUUUUCCAAAAGGCUAAACAUUCAAAAAUUGUCCUUCACCAGGUCUACCAACUGUUAUGCAAAAGUUAUAUAACUGUUUGAUUCAUAGAAAUGCAAGAACAGAGAACUAAAAAAUUGGAUUUUCUGACAUUGACCAAAAUGUUUUUUUAAGAUUCUGAUUAUGAUCAUUGCCUCUUGCAUAUUUGAAAUUUAGUUUAGCUACGUUUACCACCACUGUGGUUUGCUUUUGAUGUAAAUGUCAGAAUGGCAAAAGUUAACGGGUUAAAAAGUUUUGAUGGUAAUCGUCAUUCUUGUUGCAGUGACUGACAUUUAAUUUCUCAUGCAUUACUGCUUGGCACUGGUGGCCCUGUCGUUUAUGUACUCGCCUUGCUCAGAAUGACAGAAGAUGUAUUUGUGGUUGCAUGCAGGAUGCCCACAGAACUGUGCUAUGAGAAAUUUCCUUUGGUUAUGAAGCAGGCCGGUAACAUUUGAAAAUCUUGGCCUGUACUUUUCCAUUAUUUUCAAGUAACACUUAAGAUAUUAGUCAAUAUUUAAAUACAUAUUUCAUUGCCAUUAAAAAGCGUUCACUUGUCUGAUUAAAAAGUGUCAUUUGAUAUUUAUUGCAAAGUAGAAGAUGUCAAAGUCAAAGCAGGAUCAAGAAAAUAUUUAGACACUUUUUGUUUCACAGAUGUAACAUGUCCUUGUUUGCUGUUUUUUUAAAUAAGUAUCAUCUGAUGGUUGUGCAUGAGAAGUAUGAUCUAAUUCUCUAGGUGUCUUUUAAUUUUCUUAUUAUUUUGCAGAAUCUAACAUAGGUCAGACCUCUGUUGACGGGUGACAAUCGUCUCUUUCAUGUGACAGUUUCUUGAGAGCCAUACUUAUUUAUUUAUUUGACUAUUUAUAUGAUUAUUUAACCAAUACUUAUUUAUAAGAGGUCCGAAGAGGGAGAUUUUUUUGGACUAAGAGUUGCAAAAAUUUAUGGUGCUGUCAUAAUUGCAAGAAAAAAAGAUGAAGAAUGUCAUAUGAUUCAAAGUACUGUGUGUUUCUGAUUAAGUGACUAGUUAACGUGCUCUUUGCAAUGCUGCCUUAUUUUUUUUUUUGAUGAUCGCUUUGUUAUAUAUGAUUUUUUAAUAGCCAUGGGUAGGUGUUUUUUUUUCCAUUAUAGUAACUAUAUUUGUUGUUCAUUUUAAUAGACUGUUUAGCUGUAGCUUCAUUCUCUUGGUUAUGUCUUGGUUAUGAAUUGUUGGCUUUAUUUAUUGACUUGAUGAGUGACUAUAACACCCUGUAAUAUUUCUCAGUAAACUGAAGCAAAAGCAAGUCUGCCACUGAUGUGAGUGACUUUUAGUGCUGAGAAAAGGAGGAAAUGCUUGCAAGAACUUCCACAGGCAACCCAUGUUGUUCUGGAUGCCGACAACACCCAGGAUUUCUCCUUAAUCUUUAAUGUAUAUACAAGACCAAAUGAAUGACUUGUGUUAUGACCUCGGAUGCUACCUUUAAACAGGAAGCUGGCCAAAGUGAUACUGGUAACGUUGACGUCAAAGAAAGACACAGAUGACAGGCAUUGGGUAACAUCAUCCUGAUAACCGAAAUAUUCUUGUGGUUUCGCUUUAAUGCAUUUAUGCACAAGCCCAGCAGAUUUGCUUCCUGCACAGCGAAUGAUGCAGAAGUUCACGUAUCCAUAACAAGAGUAAGAAGAUACAGCAGAAAUGGCAAACUAAUAUUAAAGGCUUUGCUGGAGAGCAGAGCAAAACGGUGAUUCUCGUCUUCAGUGGGUGACAUGAAAUUUGAUGUAAGGACAAAGGAAACGCUUAAUAGGUAGAAAUCCUUAAUUGCAUUUGUUUUUACUAAUUUACGGUUCAGUAUAUUGUCCUCUAGGAUGAAUUCCCAUACCCUACUCACUUAUUGAUUCCUGUUACUCAGUAUGAUAUGAAGUUGUUUCUCGAUAACGGAUUUCUAUUAGAUAAUUGUCAAGUCACACUCCACUAGGAGGUUUGUACUGAAGAAUUCAGUGCAUGUAGCUGUAACGUGUGUGUUUGGCUAAAUGCAGAAUUGUCUCGUUACAGUUUCAAUCAGUGCUUCACUCUAUGCCUAGUCGCAAAAGAAACUAAAAAAAUUAAAACAGAAUAAACAUGAUGUGCAUAAAUCUUC